AUGAUUUCGGCAGUAAAACAUUGGUCUCGUGCCCGGUUNUACAGUUCUUCGAUAAUGAAUCGGUGUGCUUUCAAUUCUGGUGACGAUGAACAACUAAAUCGUGUUUUAGCUGACAUUCCCGGUAAAGAUCCAUCGAUAGAUGAUUGGACAAGAAUCAAAAUAAAAUUACCAGCUGAAAGAUUUAAAAUCUUCGUUCGAUUAAAUCAAACAAAUGGAAUGCUCGCAGUGGACGAUUUUUUAGUUGAUUAUUGUGAUGAACCACGUCCACCACCAUCCAAAACAUUGUUUUCUUGUGAUUUUGAAUCAUCUUGUACCGAACAGCUGAUAUCUCUAUCAAAUUAUCCAUAUCAAUGGUCAGUUGUUCAAGCAAAAGAUGGAAAACGAAAAGAACGUGACGCACCGGCUGUUGAUUAUACGUUUGCAAAUGAAUCAGGACAUUAUAUUUGGUUAAAUAAUUACGAUUUGAUUGAUAAAGGUCGAGUUGGGUAUCUAGCGAUGCGAAAUUCUGUUGAUAUCAAUUCAAAUGAAUCAUUUUGUUUAAAUUUUUAUUAUUAUUUGUAUGGACGGGCAAGAUCAAGUCAUCUUUUUAUUUAUUCGUGGACAAACGAUACAUCAAAUGAAAUACAAAUGAUUUGGCCAAAUCAAAAUUCACAAUCUUUUACAUAUAUCAAGGACCGCUGGAGUUGGGCAAUUGUCAAUUUACCAAUUGGUAGUUACACAAUUAUGUUUCGAAUGGAUAGUGACGAUAUCAUACAGAGUUCAUUUGCUUUGGAUAAUAUUCAAAUAAGUUCGUGUUCUUAUCCUCCAAGAGAACUUUCAUCAUACGAUUCAAUUUUAUCUUUUUCAUGCAAUUUUGAUGACUUAACAAUGUGUAACAUGGAAAACACAGAUGAUUUCACUUCACCUUCAUUUAAUUUUACUGUUGAGACUGGGGAAACAAUACCGAGAAAAGAUUUAGGACCUGUUUAUGAUCAUACAAGAAAUUCGUCUACUGGCGGUUUUAUUUAUUGGAAUCAACAAGUACCGUUUCGAUCAGGUGAUACAGGUUUCAUUCGUCCUUGGAAAAAAAUUGAACAAAACUAUGGAAUGUGUAUUCAAUUUGCUUACUACGUUAAGUCAUCAGUAAUGAAUAAAAAUGGAACACAAUUAAUAUUACGAGCAGGUGGAUGUUAUGGGAAAGAGAUGUGGAUUCAAUUGUUAGAUGAUAGUUUCGGAUGGAAAAUUGUCAAAAUACCUGUGGAAAGAUUUGCUUGCAUGGAAAAUUUCUAUUUUCGUGUUAGACAGAUCGAACCGGUUCAAGUUUCAAUUGCGUUUGAUGAUAUUCGAAUUGCGCAAUGUUCUUCAUUCGAUCCAACAACAACAACCACCACCACAUCAUCUACUACUACAGCAACAACAACAACACCAGCGAUGACGACGACGGCGAUUACACAAAUUACAACAACAAGUGCCAUCACGACCACUUCAACAACUCAAACUACUUCAUUUUCAUCGACUUCUAGUGAAACAACAACACCAACAAGCAAUGCUCUACAAUUAGUAUCUAUACAAAAUAUUUACUUGAUUAGUUUAUGCAUUUUUCAAAUAAUGUCUUAA